AUGUCUCCACCGUUCGUACUCGUUGUAGCUGCCUUGCAUCACGAAGAGCAUCUGCCUAAUUGGCUCAUCCUGCCUUACAAGGUAGACCGUCUCGUAAGAAGAAAAGACUUCCCCAGCCUGGGAGUCUCGAAUGAAAAUUACUUGGAGAGUGCAACAAACUUAAUUCAUUAUCUGGCUCUAAAAGGCCUUGACAUUGAGCAGCUGAGGGAAGAUCUCUCUUUUACUGGUCUUUUGAAUUUGAAGACUAUCAAUUCAUACGUUCUUGCAUGUCUAAAUGCCGGAAUCCAACUAUUGGAGAACCGGAAUACUACUUCUCUAGAUAAAAAAGAGAACAUUAGUGUGGGAAGUUGCACUCAGGAAAUAUUGUACCAACAGCAAAAUGAGAAGUUCACAGUUAGAGCGAUGAGGAAGAAACUGUUGUCCAAUAAAGAGUUAUUGUUGGGCUCACUUCGGGGUAACAGAACUACUCAAGUUAUGGUGACAAUUGGGCAAGAGGCCACCGAGAGUGACACACUUAUAGGUGACGUUCUUAAGGCUGGUGCCUCCAUUAUUAGGAUAAAUUGUGCUCAUGGAAACCCUAGUGUCUGGAGUGAAAUAAUCAGAAGAGUAAAAAGAACUUCUCAAAUGCUGGAGAUGCCAUGUCGAAUUCUUAUGGAUUUAGCUGGACCGAAAAUCUGUACAGGGAGCUUGAAGCCUGGUCGAUGUGUAACUAAAAUAUCCCCCAAGAAAAAUGCUACUGGAAAUGUGAUGUUUCCAGCUCAAGUUUGGCUUUCUUACAAAGGAUCAGAUCCUCCUCCUCCUCCUUCUCACUUGUCUCCUGAUGCAGCUCUGUUCAUAGAUGACCAAAGAUUUCUCAGUGAGCUCAAGGAAGGUGAUACUUCGAAGUUUUAUGAUGCCUGAGGGAAAAAAAGGACUCUCAAGAUUAUGUGACAGUUUCAUGUUUUUUCUGGUACAGGGUUUGUGGCUGAAUGUACAAGGACUGCUUAUGUUCAGUCUGGGACAGAAUUGUAUACUAAAGUAAAGAAAGGUAGGCUCUUAGCUGGAAAGGUGGUGGAUGUCCCUGCCAAAGAGAAAUUUAUCAGAUUGAGAGUUGGAGACCUGCUAGUCAUAUCACGAGAUGGUUCAUUGGAACAGGAAGAUUUGUCUGGUCCAGCUGGUGGUGCUCAUAGGAUAACUUGUUCUUCUGGCUAUCUAUUUGAUUCAGUCAAACCUGGAGAGCCUAUAGCUUUUGAUGAUGGAAAGAUUUGGGGAGUAAUCCAGGGAGCAAGUAAUUCAGAGAUUGUUGUCUUUAUCACUCGUGCCGGUCUUAGAGGUGCUAAACUUGGCUCAGAGAAAUCCAUAAACAUCCCGGAAAGCAAUAUUCGGUUUGAAGGUCUUACUACAAAGGAUCUCAUGGAUCUUGAAUUUGUUGCCUUGCAUGCCGACAUGGUGGGUGUUUCUUUUGUUCGAGAUAUUAGUGAUAAUGUUGUGCUCCGUCAAGAAUUGGAGAAACGGAAACUUCAGAACCUGGGUAUUAUUUUGAAGAUUGAGACGAGUGGGUUUGAGAAACUGCCUCUUAUGCUUUUGGAAGCUAUGAAAUCAUCAAAUCCUCUGGGGGUUAUGAUUGCGAGAGGAGAUCUUGCAGUGGAGUGUGGGUGGGAAAGGUUGGCUGAUAUACAGGAAGAAAUUCUGUCUAUUUGUGGAGCUGCCCAUGUACCAGUCAUUUGGGCAACUCAGGUUCUAGAGUCACUUGUCAAGUCUGGUGUCCCUACCAGAGCUGAGAUUACCGAUGUUGUCAAUGGAAGGAGGGCAAGCUGCGUAAUGUUAAACAAAGGAAAAUAUAUUGUGGAAGCUGUUUCAACUUUGGAUACCAUCCUCCACCUAAACACUUGUCAGACGAAAGCAGACCUGAAGCCUCUUCUACUUUGGAGGCACUUUUUUCACUGAAAAGUUUUCUCUUGUAUAUAACCAUCCUUUUCUAAUGAGCACACUAGAUGAGAUUAAUCUCAACUCCCGUACAUUGUCUUUGCUUGAAUGCAAACUUAGUAUCUGCUACUAUUGUUUCUUUCAACGAACCCAUUUUUUGUCA